AGAAACGGGGAACUCCCCCGAGGACGCGGACGGAGCCGGGAGCCAGCCAGGAAUAGUUGCCCGUCUGCUCCGCCGCGUAGGCGGCUAGCUCGGCUGGAUUCCUCUUCUCCUCUUCCCCCGCGCCGACGGACGGAGCAAUCGAGAGGGGGAAACUGCGGCUAGGCCGGCCGCCUGAUCGAGCAGAACCAGGAGCCGCGCGGCGCGCGCCAUGGCAGCAGGUGGUAAUCCACCACCAAAGCCGUGGGAACGUGCGGGAGCUUCAUCUGGUCCAGCACCUUUUAAGCCCCCCUCUGGAGGUACCACAAGUGAUGUUGUUGAAGCUUCUGGGACAGCAAAACAUGGAGAAAUUGUUUCCACUACAGGGAACAAUGCUGCUUCCAAUGUAAACAGCAACAUUUCAAGGCCAGUUCCCCCAAGGCCAUGGCAGCAGCAAGGCUAUGGAAAUUCCUUUGGGGGUUAUGGCUCCAAUAUGUAUAGCUCCUAUGGUGGAUUCAGUGGACCCUAUGGAAAUAACAUGUGUUCAGGUUAUGGAGGAGGUUAUGGUGGUAUGUACGGAGGUUCUGGAAUGUAUGGUGGCUCGAUGUAUAAUGGUGGAAUGGGAGGUCAAUAUGGUGGUUAUGGUAUGGGUGUUGGUCCUUAUAAUCAGGGUCCAAAUUCGUUUGGCCCUCCCGCACCACCCCCUGGAUUUUGGGUUUCCUUCCUACGAGUGAUGCAUGGUGUCGUAAAUUUCUGUGGGCGGGUUAGCUUCCUUGUUAGUCAGAACACUCAGGCGUUCCACAUGUUCAUUACUGCACUUUUGCAGCUAUGCGAUCGAACUGGAAUGCUUUAUGGUGAGCUUGCAAGGUUUGUUUUACGUUUGCUGGGGAUCAAAACAAAACCAAAGAAGGGUGGUGUUAAGGGCAGUGGAGCUGCAUCAUUGGAGGGAACAGGCCAACAGUUUGUGGAGGCGCCAAAAGCUGCCAGCAACUCAUGGGACAGCGUCUGGACUGAGAAUGGCAAGGGGAAGUAAACGCCGCAUUUCUGUGCAGUGAGACAGUUUUUUUUUUUGUGUGUGUGAAAGGAGAAUGGUAAGUUUGCUUGCGGGAAGAGAAAUCCGCUGAUAUCUGUUCAGAUGCAUUUUGCAUUUGGAUUAGGAAGCAAAACAAGUAAUCCCUAAUGCUCUUUGCAUUUGUCAUGUUGUUCCCUAGUAUACAUAGAGAUCUAUUACGGUGGUAGUUAGUCUGCAAUGAGAAAUGUGUGAGUUGGUAAAAUAUGGCUUUCCUAAAAAAAUGGUUUGGCAGUACGCCGGUACCCUGUACUGAGAAAAGUGAAACGUGAUAACAAAAAAGAUUUCAUUUUAUCUGA